GGAAGUGGUGCGGGACCACAUCGAAGGCCUUGCUCAAGUCCAGGCAGAUGACAUCAGUUGUCCCCCUGGAGUCCAUCAGUGCCAUCUCUGCAUCACAAAAAGCCACCGCGUGGCUCAGGCACGAUCUGCCCUCGGUGCCGCCCUGCUGGCUGUCCAGGAUCGCUUCUCCAUCCCUCAGCUGCCUCCACAUCUCUUCCAGGAAGAUCUGCUCCAUCACCCCAAAUACACACGAGGUCACCGUGACUUACGCACGAGGCAGGUGUAGCGUGGAAACUUCUCACUCUGAACAGAAGCCAAGCUGAGGACACGACGCGCUCGUUGGAGGGAUUUCCCACCCUGUGUCCUGCGCAGCGCAGACAAAGCAAGGUCUCCUCUCUAAACAGGCGACUCUUGGAUGUGUUCUGGGACAGCGCACCCCAAUGGGACACGGCCAACACACUUCUUUCUUAACGUUCUUUAUUGCUGCAGCACAAACCUGGACAGCCACAGCGGAUGGAAGCAGCGCUUGGACAGGAGUGGACUGCGGCGCCUGCAGUGGCACCGUGCUGAUACACAACAGUCCGUGUGUGGAACUGUCUGGAGACGGGGAGGGGAAGAGAACGGGAGGGGAUGGAGAGGGGAAGAAAAGAGAACGGGAGGGGGAGCCCCAAAGGCUCUGUCCUUGCAGUGACUUCGUGCCCCCCGUGCCGCUCCGUUUUGCUCACCCACCUGCUCCUGGUGCUCGCCACGGAGCAGCAGCAAACUUAGAGCAAGUUGUGGCCAUCAGGAGGAAGAGUAUGAGGCGGGCAGAGGCCAUAGCUCCCCACACUCGUCCCAUGCUGUCACCAGCAUGACUACAGCCACAGCAAGUUGAUGACAUGGCAGGCACAGAGCAGUGCCUGUGACACCACGGGACAGCGUCACAGAGGGGCACUGUGAGCUCAGGGCAGAGGGGCUGACCCCAGCGCUCACGGAACCCCCCACUGCCACUCUCGAGCUGCCACGGCAGGUAAGGCAGCAGGCUCCUCCUGCUCCUGGCACUGCGGCCCUCCAGGGGGUCCCAGUGCCCCACAUCUCACCCCGGCGCCCAUUUGGGCAUUUCCCCACAGAGAGAAUUCCUCCACGGACGCUGACGGUGCUUCCGACACCUGACGCCAUUUUAUUUGGAGCCUUUGUGCCCCCACCGGCCACUGCUGCCAUGCAGACCACCAUUGGCGGAGCAGUGCCCGUAUCCUUCCAGCCCAUCCCUGCCCCCAAUGUCACCUCCAUGGUGCCUCAGGCCUCUGUCCAGCCGGGGGUACCGGGUGUGCAGGGACAGGGAGCGCAGCUGCCACCUGGGGCGAUGCCUCAAACUGUGCUUCAACUGCCAGCUGGGGCAAUGCCCGCAGCAGUGGUUCAGCUGCCACCUGGGGCAAUGCCCCAAACUAUGGUUGAGCUGCCCCUUGGGGCAAUGCUCUAUACUGGGGGUCAGCUCCCACCUGAGGGGGUACCCCAAACUGUGGGCCCACUCCCACUGCAGGGGGUAGCCCCAGUGGUGGGUCCGAUCCCACCUCAGGGGCUGCCCCCAACGCUGGCUCAGCUCCCACCACCUGGGGCAAUGCCCCCAACUGUGCUUCAUCUGCCACCUGGGGCAAUGCCUGACAGUGUGAUUCAGCUCCAAUCUGGGGAGAUGCACCCACCUGUCGUUCAGCUCCCACCUGGGGCAAUGCCCCAAACUGUGGGCCCGCUCCCACCUCAGGGGGUAGCCCCAGUGGUGGGUCUGAUCCCACCUCAGGGGCUGCCCCCAACAGUGGGUCAGCUCCCACCUGGGGCAAUGCCCCCAACUGUGCUUCAGCUGUCACCAGGGGCAUUGCCUGGAAGUGUGCUUCAGCUGCCAGCUGAGGCAUUGCCCCAAACUGUGGGACAACUCCCAAUUCAGGGGGUGCCCCCAACAGUGGGUCAGCUCCCAAUUCAGGGGGUACCCCAAACUGUGGGCCCGCUUCCAUCUCAGGGGGUUCCCCCCACUGUGGGCCAACUCCCACCUCAGGAGGUGCCCCCAAUUGUGGUUCAGCUCACACCUGAGGGGCUGUACACAAUUGUGGGUCAUCUGCCACCCGGGGAGAGGCAGUUACCCCUCCUCCAGCUCCUACCCGGCGGGAUGAAGCCGGGUAUGCCUCCCCCCAAUGCCCCUGCCCACUGCUGGCAACAUCCCCGGCUGGCAGGGAAGCGGCAGCGGCAGCGCCAGCAGCCGAUGGGGCUGCGGCCUGGGGCCGUGUGCCGUGGGAAGCCCCCGCAGCCCGCAGGCAGCUGCCCGCUGCAGGCCCCCGGCCGCCCCGGCCCCUCCACAGUCCUCCGAGCACCUCCAGUGCAGCUGCGGGUGCUCCCCGGGCCCUGCACCCUGCCCGCCAGCUGGGAGCAGGCGACGGGGCCCUUUGCAGAUGCCGUGGCGCACACCCAGGAGCAGCGGCACCCAGCGCCCACCAACGUGUGCCCCCAUCCCGCCACGGCUCCGCUCGGCUGCAGCAGCGCAGCGCUGGAAUCAGGAGGUGAGUUUGGGGGCUGCGCAGCGGGCGGCAGGCUGUCCGCACCGGGUGGCUGUGGGAAAGCUGGCAUUGCCCCACUGGGGAUGUUCUUGCUUUUCCAGCAGCGACAAUGAGCUCAGACGUCCCGGAGGACAUCAGCGACAUCCACUGCCUCCUGACUUGGAUGAACAACGAAGCGAUGAGUCUUCGCGAGGUCCCCCAGCCCAGCAACGACCUGCUGUGGAGGCAGCCCGAGCCGGCCGAGUGCCCAGCGCUCGCCCGCACCACCACAGGGCACGAGCAGCGCACUGGCAGCAUCCAGGCCCCAAAGAGGAAGCUGCCGCAGGGCCGGGAUGCUCCAGAAGCGAAACGCCGGCGCUAGGCGAGGCUGGGUGGGCUCAGCACAAGCGGGAGCGCCCGCAGAAACCGUGCCUGGAGCCCUGGGCUCCUCGCCGGCCCCCGCGGCACACACAGAGCAGCGGCAGUGCUCCAGGGGCACCAGCACCGGCCCCGGCCCUACCCCUCCAAACCUGGGCUGUCCACCACCACCACCGUGCACUGUGACCUCCGUUACAUCACCUUAUCUUAUGUUAUGUUAAAUUAUGUUAUGUUAUGUUAAAUUAUAUUACAUUAAAUUACAUUAAAUUAUUGAAUGGUUUGUAUUCACUUUGCUACCCCUCUGCCUGCAGUGGUUCCUGCAGCACCAAAGCCCCCCCGCACCCCAAUGCCCACCUCCAGGGAUGUUGGUGUGGUUGCAGUGAGCCGAGAGCUGCCGCUCCUGCAGCUCCUCCUGACUGAUGGUCUUCAUCACCAUCACUGCUGCCUCAGCUCCCCCUCUGUGAACACCUUCCCCCACAUCUGAUCCAAAUCUCCCUAUCACUGGGAUAGGCUCCCCAGGGAGGUGGUUGAGUCACCGUCCCUGGAUGUGUUGAAGAGCCGUUUGGAUGUGGUGCUCGGAGAUAUGAUUUAGCGGAGGGUUGUUAGAAUUAGGGGACUAUGGUUAGGCUGCGCUUGGACCUGAUGAUCUCUGAGGUCCUUUCCAACCUGAGUAAUUCUAUGAUUGUAUGAUUCUUUCUCCAUAGCAGAGGUGCUGCAGCCUCUGAGCGAAGCAGCUGGAGAAAACCGUUUCCUCUUCUCAUUUGGGUCGAUGUAGGGCAUGCAAGAGGCAAAUCAUAGAAUCAUAGAAUCGCUAAGGUUGGAAAAGACCCACAGGACCAUCCAGUCCAACCAUCCGUCCUUCACCAAUGGUUCCCGCCAAACCAUGUCCCUCAACACAACAUCCAUACGCUCUUUGAACACCACCAGGUUGGGUGACUCCACCACCUCUCUGGGCAGCCCAUUGCAGUGCCUGACCACCCUUUCAGAGAAGUAGUAUUUCCUAACGUCCAGCCUGAAUCUUCCCUGACGCAGCUUGAAGCCAUUCCCUCUCAUCCUAUCACUGUCACCCGACAGAAGAGGCCGACACGCAGCUCACUACAGCCUCCCUUCAGGCAGUUACACAGAGCAAUAAGGCCUCCCCUGAGCCUCCUCUUCUCCAGACUGACCAACCCCAGCUCCUUCAGCCGCUCCUCAUAAGGUCUGUGCUCCAGAGCCCUCACCAGCUGUGUUGCCCUCCUCUGGACACGCUGCAGGGCCUCCAUAUCUUUUUUACAGUGAGGGGCCCAAAAGUGGACACAGCACUCGAGGUGCGGCCUCACCACUGCUGAGUACAGGGGGACAAUUACCUCCCUGUUCCUGCUGGCCACACUGUUUCUGAUACAAGCCAGGAUGCCGUUGGCCUUCUUGGCCACCUGGGCACACUGCUGGCUCAUGUUCAGUCUGGCGUCAGUCAACACCCCCAGGCCCAUUUCCUCUACACAGUCUUCCAGCCACUCUGCCCCAAGCCUGUAGCGUUGCCUGGGGUUAUUGCGGCCAAAGUGCAGGACCCGGCAGUUGGUCUUGUUGAAUCCCAUCCCAUUGGCUUCAGCCCGGCUGUCCAACCUAUCCAGAUCAACUCCCCCUCUGAACGCACCCCCUCGGCUUUGUUGAACGCCCACCCCACAGCCCAUCCUUUGAACCCACCUCCCUCUGAGUCAGAGGGAAGGAAGUGGUGCGGGACCACAUCGAAGGCCUUGCUCAAGUCCAGGCAGAUGACAUCAGUUGCCCCCCUGGAGUCCAUCAGUGCCAUCUCUGCAUCACAAAAAGCCACCGCGUGGCUCAGGCACGAUCUGCCCUCGGUGCCGCCCUGCUGGCUGUCCAGGAUCGCUUCUCCAUCCCUCAGCUGCCUCCACAUCUCUUCCAGGAAGAUCUGCUCCAUCACCCCAAAUACACACGAGGUCACCGUGACUUACGCACGAGGCAGGUGUAGCGUGGAAA